CCCGCUACAUCCUCUUCCUCCCUCUGGCUCUAUAUGUACCCACACCAUGUAAACAUUUAACAUUGCAGUUAUCAUCAUCACUUGCCAAAACCCACGCUUUCUCCCUCUCGAAGCAUCACUGUGCCAUUCUUCUUCCUUGCACUCUGCUUGCUGAUCAUUCAUUCUACACAAUGGAAACGUCCAAGUCGCUGGUGCUACUCACUCUCCUCUUCUGUUGUGUCAUCACGGCCAGCUCCGCCGAGCUGUUCGUCGGCGGGAAGGAAGGGUGGACGGUUCCCAAGUCCAAAGACGAGCAGCAGCACUUCUUCAACGACUGGGCCGCCACCAACCGCUUUCGCGUCAACGACACCCUCCGGUUCAAGUACAAGAAAGACUCGGUGAUGGUGGUGAAAGAAGAGGAAGAGUACAACAAGUGCAGGUCAUCUCACCCGCUCUUCUUCUCCAACAAUGGUGACACUUCCUUCCGCCUGGACCGCCCCGGUCUGUUCUACUUCAUCAGUGGCGUCACCGGACACUGCCACCAUGGCCUCAAGAUGAUCAUCAAAGUCCUCGACGUCCAAGACGACAACUCGCCUCCUCUUCCACCUUCCCUGACCGUUGACGAUCAUCCCAACCACAAAUCAUCCGCCACUUCACACUACUCUGCCUCCGUCGCUGCUGCUGCUGCUCUGCCUCUGAUGGCUCUGCCACUCUUCUUUUAGCAAGGAUAGAUAGGAAAGAUUUGAC